AUGCUGCCUUGGAAGAAGAACAAGUUCGAUCUUAUCGAGGAAGACAAGCAGUCCAAGCAGAAGGGCUAUGCGGUGAGUCUCAACUACUCGGCGCUCACCUCUUUCGCCAAGUCCUGCCCCGAGAGCGCGCUCAACAGGGUGGGCAGCAUGUUCAAGUCCAAGAGGAAAAAGGUGAAGAUCACCAGCGAGGACCCCACGUACACGGUGCUCUACCUGGGGAAUGCCACCACCAUCCAGUCCAAGGGGGACGGGUGCACGGACGUCGCGGUGAGCAAGAUCUGGGGCAAGAGCGAGAUGGGCAAGAACGGCACCAAGAUGCGGCUGACCAUCAGCUCGCAGGGCAUCCGGAUGGUGCAUGUGGACGAUAAGGCCAGGAGGCCGGGGCACUUGUACCUGCUGCACCGGAUAACCUACUGCGUCGCGGACCCUCGCCUCCCCAAGAUCUUCGCGUGGAUUUACCGGCACGAGAUGAAGCACAAGGCCGUGAUGCUGCGCUGCCACGCGGUGCUGGUGUCCAAGCCCGAGAAGGCGAAAGCCAUGGCGCUGCUCCUGUACCAGACCUCGGCCACGGCCCUGGCCGAGUUCAAGAGACUUAAACGGAGAGACGACGCCAGGCACCAGCAGCAGCAGCUGAUCGGGGAGCAGACCAUCCCCCUGGUCCCGCUCAGGAAGCUGCUGAACGGACAGUGUUACUACAAGCCCCCCGUGGAGCGCAGCCGGAGCGCACCCAAACUGGGCUCCAUCACAGAGGACUUACUGGGCGAGGAAGAGGAGGAGAAAGCCAUGCACUUUGAGUGUGAGGACAUCCUAGACACGGACCGGGAUUGUGUUUCGAACGGUAAACACGAAUUGACUCAAAUUAUUAAUGACUUGGGAGAAAUGUGCAUUGGAAACGACGUGCAGACUCUGAAAUCUGACCUGAGAGUCACCAGACUUCUCUCCGGGGAGAGCACGGGGAGUGAAUCCUCCAUAGAAGGCAACCAAGAGCCCCCAGCACUCAGCAACGGGCUCCAGGAGGUAAAGGUGGUGGAAAUUGCCUGA